AUGGCAGUUUCAACAGACCAACAUCUACAUCAUUCAAUUACUGAAAAAGACAACUACGACACUUUAGGUCUACCCGGAAUGCCGUUAAACUCAGAUCAUUUGAGUCAGAAAUUACUGGACUUGAUACCUCCAUCACCUCAAUUUUAUAAUAAUAAUGAUAAUAAAAUACCAUAUCCACAUCCACAUCAUCUUCAACACCAUUCUAGCCAUGAAAAACGUCUACUAAGACACAAGCUGUCUAAAAGAUUAAAUAUGAAACGAUCAUUUAACUUAAGCAAUCUCAAGAAUUCCAACUCCGUAGACUCCCAUCCGCUAACUGAUAGUGACGAAUUAAACGAGAAUGAUGACAGUAAUAAUGACGAUACUGAAUUAAUGGAACUAGAUGAAUAUGAUUCAGAUGAAGUGUCUUGUAAUUCCUGUCUGUCUACUCCAUCGAAAUCAAACUUUAGUUUCCUGUUUGAUACCCAAUCAUUAACUAUUCCAAGUAUACCCAUGCAAAAACCACAAUCGUAUUCAAAUACAUCAAUACUAUCAUCACUGACAGGUUCAUCUCUCAGUUUAUCUAUUCUGACACGAACUCCAUCUUCAAUUUCAUCAAGAGCAUAUAUUCCUACAUCUACAAGCACUGUUUCUUACUCGCCAGUUACUACCGUUUCUAUACCUGCAUCUACAUCGUUACCAUCAACUUCCGGAAGAGACAAGAGCUUGUGCCGUUCUCCUUCUAGUGAUUCGUUAUAUGUGAUAUUAAAGAAGUCCACUCCCAGUCCAUCCCCACUUGGAAACAACUCCGGUGUAAAGUCAAUGUACUCCAAUCUCACAUCAUCAUUGAAAUCAUUCAGAAAUAAGUUGUCUUUGUAUAAUAAAGAGAAUCUUAUUAGUUAUAUCGUGGAUUCACCUCGACUCACAGAUGACAAACUCCCACAAAUUCCAGAAUUGGAAAACGAGGUUGUGAAUGAAACUGAUGAUCCGGUUGACCAAGAUCAUGUGAUGCAAGAGUUGACAACGUUUAAAAGUUCAGGACCUCAUCACUGUAGUAAUAAGCUAGGGCUCACGAGAGUUAAAUUCAAGACUAGGGAACAACGAUCAAAUAGAGAAUUUUUACGAUUAUAUGCAUUUGAUCAUCAUGCCAGAACCAAAUCACGGGUAUUGCCUAAUAGUAUGAGUCCAGACGAGAUCAAAAAAAUUAUCAAGAAGCAUCCACAUAUAAAGAAAUUCCAUUAUGAUUAUAAUAUCCAGAGAAUAUCGAACUUGUCAAAGGAUAAACUCUGGAGUAAUGUUAUUUUGCCUCCACGUAGUGAUGAAAGUCCUGGAUUGUUUAUAGACGGAGAGAAUUACAUCUGUAUUGAAGAAGUAGAUGAGGAUGAAUUAUCGCUGGGCUAUUCUAUCGUACGAAAACAAGGAGGAUAUAUGCCCUGGGUUUUGAAACAAAGUAUCAGACCAGCGGGUGUAUUACCUAAAAGUAAGUGUAUUUUUAAUAGUGAAGCUCCAAAUAGUGGAGUAACUAAUUGUCAAUUCACUGUUAAAGGCUGGUGUAACCCUAGAUGGGUUGAUAUCAGUAAAGAAUAA